UACUACACUGAAAAAGAAACAUGCUCACAGACUGCAUGACGUAAAUAAAACUGGCUUGCAUAGCUCUCGUGACGUUAGAGAACCCCUAAAAAGUGACUAAAUAAUUUAUCAAACGUGAUUUAAAUCCAGUAUGUGAAGUGAAAAUUCAAUGAUGUAUUGCAGUAAAAUACUUCAGAGAAAUUACAUCACAUCUGUCAGCUUAGUGCUGAAGGCUAAAUAUUCUCGACGAAGUGCUAAAAACACUAAUUCGUACAAACUCAUCAAAUCCGAUGAGUCUCUGCGUGACCUGGAUAACACAGAAUUUGGCGUCAAUCCAAAUUGGGAGCUCUUAGCGCCAAGAGGAUUUAGAUUUUACAUGCCAGGGAGUGUAGGCCCUGGAUGGUUAGACGCAACCACAACAGCACAGGUCGAAAGUCGUUCUCCGUUUGUCUGCAGUGACGAUGAGUUGUCGGCCGAAUUUGCAGUAGAGGAAAUUAGUGAGAGAUUCAGAAGGAGCAGUCACGAGCGCAUGCAACCGACGCUUCGCUGUCUGGCUCAAGAAUGUCCAACAUUGUUGCGGAAAGGUCUCCUGGAGUUGUUCCCUGGUUGUGUCGAAGUGGCCUCGCCACAGUUGACCAUUGUGACCGUUAGUCAAAAAUUAAAUUCUCGGAGUCACCGAUGGAGCAAGGAAGUGGAAACCGAGAAGCUGGCUAAAUUCUUCGUUCUGGCAGCAUCUGAUAUCUGCACACAGUUAAAAAUGGUCGGAUAUUGGGCUGAUUUCAUAAAUCCUUUUAGCGGACAACCCUAUCUCAAUCCCCUCAAAAAUAAUACCUUAUACAAAACUGAUCAACGUUUUCGCUGCUUGGGUUUCAAGAUAGAGCAAAAAAAUCAUUGUAAAAUAAUAUCCGUUGAUAAUGAUCCUAGAGAAUUUGUCGGAAGUCUCUAUACAACCGCUCCUUCGAGUACCGAGUUUCUCAAGGAAAUAAUGAGCGGUCUGAACGAUCAUUGAGAUCAGUCUUGUACCCUUUCGCAGAGAAUGCGAUAGUUUACCAAUUAAAAUACAAGAAAUGUAAAGAGUUUACCGUAAUGUGAGUACUGCCAGCGAAUAAAAUGAUUAAAAAUCGUAAAAACUUGCUUUUUAGUGGUAAUCUGAAUGACCAUUGAAAGGGAGGUCCGAUAAAAAAGUUCAAUCUUUUUUCAACAUCGAUCAACGUCCUUUUUACUGUUUUCAAACAUUUUUUGAACUAUCUCGUUUUCUUGAUUGAGCUACUCGAAAGACUAGGAUUACGUAAACUUUUAGCGAUUGAGUUUUUUUUGCUGAUUAAAUUUUCGUACGGAAAGCGAUUUAAGUGAGUUGCAAAGGAUAGCAUUAACUAAGUUCAAAACAAUUAAAAGUUGUUGACCUAAGAACGAAGAAGAGAAAGAGGAAUCAUUGUGCAUAGUUAAGAAUAAAGGGAUUCUUAUCUAACUCGA